AUGAAUGAGUUUAAGAGCAACGGAGAUGCUGGUAUCAAAAAUGAUGCUAACGUGGUAUAUUCAGACCGGUUAAUGCACUCAGAGUGUGGCAUAACACCUGCGUAUGGUGUAGAGGUUCGUGAGAGUCGUCCGCAUAUUCAUCCUCAGCGGUUUGAACUUGGAAAGGAGAUGCAGCAGCGGGGCAAGAAACACAUUGAUCCACAACACAUGAAUCUCAGUGACGAUGCCAAACGAGAAGAGGGGCGCUAUGGCAAGAGACAUUUGCAGGUUGGGAACAAUCGUACUACUACUGUUGAAAUGGGACAACAGACGACAGCGCCAGUGCGGCGUGGUGAAGGCCCGCGCAGCAAGACGAUAAGUACAUCUAUGCAACUCUCUGAGGCACGCUUGCGGCAGAUAGCGAAGGACCCGCGUUAUAAUCAAGCGGCGAGUGAACUACUGCAGCAUAGAGGAGAUCCUUCUAUUGUACACGAGGAGGAGCGUCUCUCGCGACGUGUGGCAUCGGAGAAGUACGCACAGGGAAGUAGCGCACGCUGCGCUGAGUUGCGUGAUCAGAAGCGUUCAGACGACUUAGGGUCGCCCGCUGUGGCCAUAAAGACGAGAGUGCCAUUUGCACUGGAUGCAUCUACACCGCGUGCGGAUAACGUGACGGUGCACCGCAGUGCCUACUACCGCAAUGCGGAGUCGAAGCAGCAGGAGCGGCCCCGCAGCAGCGGUCUACACUCACACCGCCAGCUGCAGGACCACGUGGAGUUGUCGAAGAACGAAUACCCCGAUCCGCCGGCGGUGGGCGUGCGGGUGACGCCGCGUUUCGGUCACCGCCCGGCAACGGCGCAGACACGCCCCGCCACGUGCCUCGACGAGGAGGCCCUCCGCCGCGCAAAGGCCCGCUGCCAUCAAAGCAGCCACAGUCGCAUGCCGGACUUCAUAUUUGGAGCGCCACAGCCGUUGGAGGCGCCACGUCCAACACUUCGCGGCAUCACGGAGGAGCGCUGGAAGGCUGCAGAGGAGCGCACUGCACAGCGACGCACCGGACGGGCAAUGGCACACCAGAGCCACAAACGUACCGCACUCUGGUAG